GGAGCCGGUGGCCGUGAGGCGCUGGUGGCAGCUGUGGGACUCUCGGGCACCGCCGGGGCCUGCUUCUCCUCGCCGUGUGGCGGCUCGGGCCCCACAAUCGGGUGGCUCAGCCCGGCUGCGCGGGGGCCGCUCCUCACGCCGGGCCCGCUGCGAGGGCACCCCGGCCGGGCGGCUGUGCUCCGGAGCUCCCUGCCGCCCGGGUCUGGCGUGUGGGCGAAGCGCCGGGCAGGCGGUCGGGCGGGGUCAGCUCUCGCCGGUGCGGCCAGAGGGAGGGCCCUGGGCGUCGGGGUUGGCGGCAGAGCACCUGCCUGCCGGGCCGGGGGCAGAGCACCUGCCUGCCGGGCUGAGGCGCGUCUUGGCCCCGCGGGGAAGCCGAAGGGGUCCCACGCCCGCGUCUCGAUAGAGUGGCGCUUCUGGUUUGUUUACUUUCGGUUGUGGUUCUGUUGGUAUUGGUUUGUUGUUUGCGGGUUUUAUUUGUUUUCCAUGAGCGAAGAGAAAAAGAUGUGCCAGCCCACCCAUCCCAAAGGUUCCAUUGAUGCAAGGCUGGCAGAUGGUGUGUUCUUAGUUUACUUAUUUCUAGCCUUUCUUCUGUUUCUAGUUCUGCUUUUUUUUGGAGAUUAGCAUCAAUACAUAUUGCUUUCUUUAAAAAUACAUUUGUUUAGAAAGGGAUGAGUAACAAAAGUAUGGAUUGGGACUUAAACCUCAUUUUCUGUUCCAGGGAUAGCAUCUACCUUGCUCUUAUGUAGUUAUGUUUGUUCCACGCCUGUUAGCAGGUCAACAGGUGUGACUAUAGAUGGAAAAUAAAAGUUAUGCAAAUAGCUACUGAGGAAAUUCUCUUCUGAUGACAAUUAUUUUGUCUUUCUUGUAGUUACAGAGAGAGUCACCCUACCAUCUCAGCACUGUUGUCUGGCUUACAGAAUUCAUUACUGGAGGUGCUAAGGCUCAAGAUCUCGGAGCAGAAUUCUAACAUUUCAGCCUUCCAGUGUUCUCAUUCUGUGUGUGGGAAGAAGAUGGCAUUUCUAAGGCCAUGUCUCCUCUAGGAGUGCAUUGCAGUUGCCCAAUGGAAAAGGCGUUAAAAACUGCCUGCAGCACUAUGGAAGCAUGGAGACAAAAUAGUCAUCUAUUGAGACCCUCGAGGAACUACUGGAGGAAGUGAUGGAAAUGAAGAGCUUGAACCAUCGCUUCAACAUGGCGGCAGCUGAAUCUGACAAAGAUUCUGGAUAUUCAGAUGGAAGUUCAGAGUGCCCAAGUGCUAUGGAGCAGACUGACUCGGAGGACGUGCUGAAUGCGUUGUGUUGGAACACAGAGGAUGGGACUUGUCAGUGCCCAGUGACUACAAGCAACUCCUUUCCUGCACUUUCUCCUAUGGUCGUAAUGAAAAAUGUGUUAGUUAAGCAGGGGAGUUCAUCACAGCUCCAAUCUUGGACUGUGCAGCCGUCCUUUGAAGUGAUUCCAGCCCAGCCACAGCUAGUGUUUCUUCGUCCAUCAAUCCCACCUCCCAUUAAUCCUCACCCUCUUGGGAAAAAGAGAAAUGACUCCACUAGUUACCUGCCCAUCCUGAAUUCUUAUCCCAAAAUAGCACCACAGCCCUGCAAAAGAGAUCACUCCUUUGAUCUAGAAGAAUGUCAGGAAACCAGUAGCCAUAAGCGACUCUGCACAGAAGCACCGAAGAUGGAGACUUCUCCUGUAUCCAGGAGCACAGGCUUGCCUACUAGUCCUUUUGCCCACCUACCAUUUAGCUUUAAGACCCCUCAGGAUUCUAACCAGCAAAGUUCUUCAACUCUGGUGACAAGCGGAAAACUGUCAGCACUUCCUGGUUUUCAUCGUGUUUCCAGUGACACUCAGAAAGUGGCAGGUGUGACUGCUCUUUUGCCUUUUGGAACUUCGCAGGCAACAAAGUGCACCCCGCAUGAGAGCGAGAGUGCCGCACAGACUACAAUGCAGUCUGCAGUGUGGAGCCCCCCAUUGGUACCAGAGGAGAUUUGCACUACCCCUGAGCUGCUCUUGCAACAACAAAGCAAGUGCAGACGCUUUCAAAAUACACUUGUAGUGCUACGCAGGUCAGGAUUGCUGGAGAUCACUUUAAAAACCAAGGAGCUCAUUCAUCAGAACCAGGUGACUCAGGCUGAGCUGGACCGGCUGAAGCAUCAAACACAGCUUUUCAUAGAGGCAAUAAAGAACAAUGCUCCACAGUCGUGGGCAGAGCUAGAAGCAUCUCUAACAGGGUCUGAUAAAGCUGGUAGCAACCUCGAAGACUCCGCUUAUCCCAGUGUGUAAUAAAAAGGUACCUAGCUGUUGGUCAAGUUGUUUCUGUGCCUCUGAUUUCAUGUCUCAAGCUUUUACUUGAGCAGUUUCUGAGUCCAAGACUUGCAAAGUGGCAUGCCGUUAGCAACUUGUCUUCAGAGGCAGUUGUGGGACUGAAAUAGCAUGGUGGGGUCUUGACAAGAUGGGUACUUACUAUUUCAGAGUGACCUUGAACUCCAUGCUAACUCUGUGCACUUCCUUGGACUCGAGAAGCUUGGAUGUACUCUGCUGGCAUGUUCCCAUUCUUGGAGUGAAAAGACAGUCAUUUGCAGUAUUCUGCAAGCAAGCAUCUGCCUCUUCCCAUCUGCAGAUAGUCCUGACAAUGGAACAGCAGAACAGGCCCCACUGUUGGGCCAUCAUCAGCUGCAAGUAGAUGAAGGGCAUUGGUGUGAGGAGAGGAAGCUUAACGUUAGUGGGGUGGUAUCUUUGGGCUGUUGCUGUCCUUUCUGAGAACAGAGAGUCUUGUUUGGGGGUUUUAAUGUAUUUUAAUUAGUGGAGAUCUGCUUGUGCUGAAGCAGCAUUCUAUAAUCAUUGCAGUCUUUUGUCAAAGUGGUGAGUGUCUUAGGACCCAAGUGAAAUGAGCUGCUUUGAUGAGUAUACUUUUGAUUUUGAUCUGUACAGUUGAGUGAGUGAAGAUCACAAGGCUUGCACUGGAAAUGUUUGUUCCAAAGCUAUGUUUAUUAAUGGUUAAUAAGUGUACAAGGCAAGUGGCUUUGGAUUUUCUCAGUAGCAAACAGAUUGAGAUUGUUAUUGAAGACUGAAGUGACUUCUUUUUAAAACAGCAUGAGGAAGAUACUCAUUCACCAGGAUUUAUUUGGCAAGACUAGUUACAUAUCAUUUGGUAUGUAUAUCUUUAGUUUACAAGCCUAAACUCCUUUUUUUCUGUGAAAUCAGUUUGCUAAGUAUACAAAAAAGGAGAGGGGUGAAAGGAAAAGAAGCACAAUGGCCUGUGGUGAAACAAGUCCUUCUCCCAUCCCACUUUCCUCCCUUUUUUAUUUAGAGAAAUCAGAUGAAUGUACCUGGAGAAAGAACGGGGGGAGGCAGGGGUGGGAGUAAAAAGUAAGAGAGAGAUGUCAGCUUAGAUAAUCUCCCUGAUAAUUUUAGCUACCUGAGUUUGAACUUAAAAAAUUCAAGACCCCACCAAAACAUUUUUUCUUCUACAUACAUUUAUAUAAUUCUUAGCCUGCUUGUCUUGAUAUGUAGCUAACACCACUGUGUGCAUAAGAUAUUAGUCUUUACUGGUAGACAUCCACAGUAGUCAUGUUACAAAAGCUGUUCUACAGAUAUUUAUUUAAUUUUAUUUUACCUAGACACUUAACUAUGUCACUGCCCUCAAUCUGAAGGUAUUUUUUCAGAGGCAGUCUGUGUAGAGAGCCAAGAAUGGCUUUGUCUAAGAACGUUAAGGCAUCUGGAUUGUUUAUGGUAUGUUUCUUUCUGUGUGACAAAGUUUUUAAAAAAUUGUGCCGUCUAGGUAACCAGCUAUUUUGAUGUUUUGAUCACUUUUAUAAUCUGUUUCAGAUUGUUUAAAAAAAGAUACUUAAAAAUAGAGUGGAUGUCUCACUAAUUUGUGACUAGACCUUUUCAUUUUCUGAUGCCUCUGGGAAUCAAUAUUGCAGAAUACUGUGGCGAAUGCUUUUGUAGUCUUCCUCAAAUAUGUGCAUUAGAGAAAUUGUGAGUUGCUUCUCUCUUGUACAGGGUUUCCUCCUUUUUAGACUGAUGAAAUGCAGUACAUGUCUUAUAAAGAGAUGAAAUGUGAGUUGUAUUUGUACUAGCCAUAGGCCUAGGGAGAAAUUUUGUGGCAAGCUUUGCCUUAGGGGAGCUGUGGCAAACUAACAGCCAUGCCUUUCAUGGUAUCCUGCCCACUUGCUGAAGACUAGUGCAGUACAAGGGAGCUGAUUAAAAAACAAGUGUUCAUAGACUAUGUUCUGUCUUGUAUUUUUUUAAAUAUACCUGCUAUAAGUAUGCAUACUAGGAUGUCUCAUAACUCACAGCACAGCAAUAUCAAAACUCAGCCAGCAAACCCAGAAGGCAGGAAGGCAGCAUAGUACAGUGUAAUAACAUAGGACAUGUCUGAUAUAGUUCUUUUGGAAUAAGUUGUGAUAUCUGCACUCAGUUCCAUUUGGCAGGAUAGAUGUGAUGAUACCUUAGGCCAUUUGUGAAGGAAUCCCAGGAGAUAAGCUUGUUUCUUCUGAGCUUCUUACAGGAGAGGGGCAGUAGGAGGCAGUUCCAUUGAUCUGAUACCUGUAAUAGGCCUAGAGGUGAGGUGUGAGAAAAUGCAUAGGAUAUCUUUGCUGCUUUCCUGAAAUCCUUAUUCUACCCAUCAAAUAGGAUAAUUUGAAGUUCAGAACAUAUAUGUAUUUUAGGAGGUGAUUGUCCUAGAAAACAAGAUGACACAGGACGCAGGCUACCCAGAGAUCAGAGGAAGUCAGAAAAAAAAAAGUCCAAUCUUAGCUGUUUGAGACAAACAUUCCUAUUUCCACUGCUCUGAUAGAGUAAAUGGAAGGAAGAAUUUGCCUUGCAGGGUAAUACCCUCUGACUUGGGGAGACUCUAGCUGAUAGAAAUCUCUCGUAGUUCACACAUUACCACAUGUAUUUUAUUCCCUUGACAGGGCUGAAGUGGGUGUGUUUGCAGCUGAUGGGCCUUUCAGCUGGUGUAAUUUGUAUAAAUAUAUACUCAAUAAAUCUGUGAAUAAAGUCCAGCAGCUGGUUAGCAAUCUCCUACUGGGCAUCAGUCCAGACUUAAAUAGUACUUGCUGAACUAGAAAAAUCCACUCUGAAACGAUUAGAUAUAAAUCUGGGGGCCCUUAGGAAGCAUAUCCCUAGAUAAUUGCAAAUCUUUACACAACAUGUAUAAAAGAAGGAUGUUGAAGGCCCCUAGUGACAGAUAAGUCAUAAAAUAUCAUUCUGUUCAGUUUCUCUUAGCUGCCUGUUUUCCUAGAAGUCCUGAUAAAACUGUAAACAAUAAGGGCUUUCCUUGGCUGCAAUGUAAUAAAAUGGGUUAGCUAGGAACCAUGUUGAGAAAAUUAGCUGACUACAUCAGGAGCAGAAUAGGUCCUGGUUUUGGGCAGGAUCUGGAAGUGGUCUAGUAGAUCUGAGCAGAAACAUUAGCCUCUCUGAUUGGAAGCCUGUAAGCAAUGAACUCACAGAUUUUUUUGACCUUUGGAGCAGCAAGACUUUGCAUUAACAAGUUAGUUGCAGGCAGCUGUCUCAGUCUAAAAAGUCAAUCAGAUGGCUUGCUGGGGCUUCAGUUGCUGCUGACAGCUAGCAGGCAGAGCAGUUUGAUGGGUCAGACAGACUGCUGGUUUUCUACUAAGUUUUAAUAAACGGUAUUUUCGAUUACUUUUACUAUGUAUUUUUAAAAUUCUACUGCUCUAGUUGGAAUGUAAACAUUUUCUGUACUUUUGAAGUCCAUUUCCAGCUCUGAAUACAGCAGCCUAAUCUGUUACAGAACAUGACCUUUUUGCUAAAACUUUACAGAAACAGACUGUGAAAUAUUAAUGAAAUAAAGUAUAUACUUGAAAA